AUGCUAGUGCAGCCUCAUCCAAAUAUUCAAUAAGGUUCUUGUUCUAGAUCAAUGUCUAUCUCAAUGGAUGAUUCAAUACACACAUAUAUCCAACCUAUUGUCUAAAAAAUGACUGUCGUUAAUAAACAUUAGCUAUAAGUAAGAAAACCAUCUGAUGGUGCUUAAGAAAUGAUCCAAUCCCCUCCAACUGUAACACCUCAUAUUGCUUCAGACAGACCACCAUAAUGUGAGAUAAAGGAUUUGCUUUUAAUAAAUGAGGAACCUAGCAACAAAGAACACUCUAUAUAAAUUACUGAUCGAUAUAAGAAGACUCAUAAAGCAACUCAGAACAAUUUAAGUUAAUAAAGUAUAUUAAUCGAUGAAAAACCUUUACAUUCCUAUAGUGAUGUUUAAUGGAGUGGAUUAAUAUCAUUAAAUACUAUAAAUUCUAAUUCCUCCUUUCAGCAUAACCUUAUUUAAGAUAAAGCUGCUGAUUUUAAUCCAAAUAAUUCAAAUGGAAUUAGUUUCCAUCCAAAAAAAUAAAAUCUAUUUUAUCAUUUUUGUAAUGCUACAUAUUGUAUGUAUAUCUGUUUCUUUAUUACUUACAUGUUGAUUCAUUUAUAAGACAGUUUUUAAAAGCAAUAUACUUAUUAGAUUUUAUUAAUUGUCAUUUAAAUAAUAUACAUUUUCAAUCAAAUUCUAUUCGAAUAGUAUGAUAAUGGUGAUAUAAUUAAUACAUUUGAAUAAUUAACUUAAUUGUAUUUUAGAAAGUAAUCAAUUUUUGAUUUAAUCACAAUAAUUCCUGUAAUUUUUGCAUUAUCAUCAGAACAAUGUCAUUUCAUAUAGAUUUUACAUAUUAUUCGACUUUGGAAAUUAAGAUAAUUAAUAAAAGAAUUAGAAUUAAUAUUUGGUAAAGUUAUUAAAUUUACAUAUUAUAUUAUGGAAUUUCAUUUUAUCUAAUUUACUGCCUUGUCUAUACUUCAAUAUAAUCAUAAUAAGUAGAUUAACUUCUAUAAUGAAUUCCUUGUAUUGUUGUAUAAAUCAGAUAAUAGUAAUGCAAUAACUUAUAUUAUUAGAAUGCUCAUUCUUAUAUAUUAUUGUUUUUGUAUUUUUAGAUUGACUUUCUAAGAUAAUUUGGAAUUAUUAAAUAAAUUAUAAUUAACAUGCUCUACUAAGUAGUAAAUAAAAGCUUAUAUGAAUAAAUUAAAUUCUUAAAAAUCUAUUGAUAUGAAUUUCUUAUCUCAAUUACCUUAGACAUUUGUGGAUGAUGUGAAAUUUUAGCGUUAUUAUCAUCUCCUCUCAAAAAUACCUAUAUUUAAAUCUUCUUUCUCAGAAAACACUUUAAAAUAGAUAUGUAGUCUGAUACAAGAGUAUACUUACAUUCCAAAUUAAAUAGUGUUAAUGUAAUAAACAUCUAAUUAACAUUUAUUCAUAAUAUUGUCAGGUGAUGUGUAGAUCUCUUAGAAGAAGGCAGGUAUUGAUUUUAAAAUUAAGGUACUUGGAAAAGAUUCUAUUUUCAAUAAUCAAGCCUUCUUCAAAAAUGCUUAUUCUAACAUAAAUGCAACAUCAAUAGGAUAUUCUCAAAUAGCUCAAUUAGAUCUAGAUCUCUUUUUAGAAUUUAUAAAAUCUCAUUAUUAGGAGCGAUAAAAAUAUAAGAUGAUGGUUGAUCAAAUUGUUCUUUAUGAAAUUUAUAGUUUAUGUUAAUUGUCUUGUUAUGUAUGUGGUAAAUUUCAUGACAUCGAUGAAUGUGAUCAUGUACAUUAUGUUCCAAAAAAAUCUAUAUUAGUGUAAUAUAUCUAAUAAAACGAUUAAUAAAUUCGUAGAAAUUAUUUCAGAAGUAAAGCUAGACGAAAAUAAAAAAGAUUAAAAUCAAUCAUUCUAAAAAUAGAAGAGGCUGCUCUUUAAUAUUAGUAAUAGAACAUCGAAUCAGAUAUUACAGAUGAUAACAAAAAAUACUUAGAUGAAGUGAUUAGUAUUCAAUAAGCUUACAUGGGAGAAGCUAGUCAUCGUUAUACAGAUAGAUAAAAUUCAUUUUAAUAAUCNUUUAGAAAGUAAUCAAUUUUUGAUUUAAUCACAAUAAUUCCUGUAAUUUUUGCAUUAUCAUCAGAACAAUGUCAUUUCAUAUAGAUUUUACAUAUUAUUCGACUUUGGAAAUUAAGAUAAUUAAUAAAAGAAUUAGAAUUAAUAUUUGGUAAAGUUAUUAAAUUUACAUAUUAUAUUAUGGAAUUUCAUUUUAUCUAAUUUACUGCCUUGUCUAUACUUCAAUAUAAUCAUAAUAAGUAGAUUAACUUCUAUAAUGAAUUCCUUGUAUUGUUGUAUAAAUCAGAUAAUAGUAAUGCAAUAACUUAUAUUAUUAGAAUGCUCAUUCUUAUAUAUUAUUGUUUUUGUAUUUUUAGAUUGACUUUCUAAGAUAAUUUGGAAUUAUUAAAUAAAUUAUAAUUAACAUGCUCUACUAAGUAGUAAAUAAAAGCUUAUAUGAAUAAAUUAAAUUCUUAAAAAUCUAUUGAUAUGAAUUUCUUAUCUCAAUUACCUUAGACAUUUGUGGAUGAUGUGAAAUUUUAGCGUUAUUAUCAUCUCCUCUCAAAAAUACCUAUAUUUAAAUCUUCUUUCUCAGAAAACACUUUAAAAUAGAUAUGUAGUCUGAUACAAGAGUAUACUUACAUUCCAAAUUAAAUAGUGUUAAUGUAAUAAACAUCUAAUUAACAUUUAUUCAUAAUAUUGUCAGGUGAUGUGUAGAUCUCUUAGAAGAAGGCAGGUAUUGAUUUUAAAAUUAAGGUACUUGGAAAAGAUUCUAUUUUCAAUAAUCAAGCCUUCUUCAAAAAUGCUUAUUCUAACAUAAAUGCAACAUCAAUAGGAUAUUCUCAAAUAGCUCAAUUAGAUCUAGAUCUCUUUUUAGAAUUUAUAAAAUCUCAUUAUUAGGAGCGAUAAAAAUAUAAGAUGAUGGUUGAUCAAAUUGUUCUUUAUGAAAUUUAUAGUUUAUGUUAAUUGUCUUGUUAUGUAUGUGGUAAAUUUCAUGACAUCGAUGAAUGUGAUCAUGUACAUUAUGUUCCAAAAAAAUCUAUAUUAGUGUAAUAUAUCUAAUAAAACGAUUAAUAAAUUCGUAGAAAUUAUUUCAGAAGUAAAGCUAGACGAAAAUAAAAAAGAUUAAAAUCAAUCAUUCUAAAAAUAGAAGAGGCUGCUCUUUAAUAUUAGUAAUAGAACAUCGAAUCAGAUAUUACAGAUGAUAACAAAAAAUACUUAGAUGAAGUGAUUAGUAUUCAAUAAGCUUACAUGGGAGAAGCUAGUCAUCGUUAUACAGAUAGAUAAAAUUCAUUUUAAUAAUCUUAAUAGACCCCAAGAAGAGGAUCAUUAUACUCUAUGCGUGAGUCAUUACACUCUCUUUAAUAAUAAUAAUAAUAAUAAUAAUAAUAAUAAUAAUAAUAAUAAUAAUAAUAAUAAUAAUAAUAUUAAAUAAUUGAUAUUCCAAAUAUUAGUCCAGUUUAGUAUGUUCAAUAACCACAAAGUGGAAUGUCUCACAGUUCAUAUGGUUAACUGUUUAAGGAUGUCUCAGUUAAUCGAAAAAACAUUAAUGGAUCUUCAGAUAAAAAUUCGAGUGGUAAUGUAUUCUCUUUACCUUACAGCAGUAAUGGUAGUAAGAAUACUCCAAAUAAUAUUAUUUCGAUAUAAGAAAAAGAGGAAUUAAUUAAUAUUCAAAUGAAAAGACUCAAAUUACAAGAUAGUGUAUUUUAUCAUUAAAAGAGAAUAUAGAAUCAAAUGGAUAAUUGUAGUUAAAAUACACUUUCAAAAUAUUAGAAGUAUCACACAACCCAACCGUAAUAGUAAUAAUAAUAAAAAAUCCGUUCAGAUAGAAAGUCUAAUUCUUGUAUUUCAGAAUCAGAAUAAGGGGAAUAUCAACUAUAAUAGUAAUAAGAUUUGCAACCAUCUAGAUAUGGAAUUUAAUCAUCAAAAUUUACAGGUGAAACAGCUAAGUAAUUUAUGAAAAACCCUUUGGAAAUGCCUAAUUUAGAAUUUUAUCAAUCUUUUGAGAAUAGUAAACAAUUCAGUGAUUAUUUUCCUCAAUAUAAUAUAGAUUAAGCUAUAUAGUGUUACAUAAAUUAUUAAUAAGUUAGAUCGAGUGCAUAUUAAUGA